AUGAUCGCCGACGCGUCUGCGAACUCCACGGCCGCGGCGGACACGCACUGGGUGCUCUACUGCGGCACGCUGGUCUUCCUCAUGCAGGCGGGCUUCGCCAUGCUCUGCGCGGGGUCCAUCCGCGCGAAGAACGCGCAGAACAUCCUGCUCAAGAACCUGCUGGACGCGUGCGUCGGGGCCAUCUGGUUCUGGAUGACGGGCUACGGCUUCGCCUACGGCGCGCGCACCGACAGCCAGUGGGGCAAUUGGUUCAUCGGCAACGACCUGUUCUUCCUCAACGGCCAGGGCUUCGUGACGAAGGACGCGUUCCACAACUGGUUCUUCCAGUUCGCCUUCGCCGCGACGGCUGCGACGAUCGUCUCCGGCGCCGUCGCGGAGCGGUGCUCCAUGGUCGCGUACGCGGGCUACAGCGCGUUCCUGACGGGCUUCGUCUACCCCGUCGUCGCCCACUGGAUCUGGAGCGGCGACGGCUGGCUCAGCGCGUUCAUCCACGACCCCAUCUUCAACGUGGGCGUCGUCGACUUCGCGGGCUGCGGCGUCGUGCACAUGGUCGGCGGCGCGGCCGCGGGCGUCGGCGCGUACAUCCUGGGCCCGCGCCUCGGCCGCUUUGGCGGCGAGAACGCGGGGCCCAUCAAGGGCCACUCCAUGCCCCUCGUCGUCAUCGGCACGUUCCUCCUCUGGGUCGGCUGGUACGGCUUCAACCCGGGGUCGACGCUCGUCAUCGUCGACGCGGACGUCGUCGCCGCCAAGACGGCCGUGACGACGACGCUCGCGGCCGCGGCCGGGGGCGUGACGAACCUGUUCAUCCACUACAAGCUCACGCACACCUACGACGUCGCCGAGAUGUGCAACGGCAUCCUCGCGGGCCUCGUGUCCAUCACGUCCGCGUGCGCCGUCGUCGAGCCUUGGGCCGCGCUCGUCAUCGGCUUCGUCGGCGCGUGGGUCUACACGGCGGGGUCCAAGAUCCUCGUCGCCUACUAUAUCGACGACGCCGUCAACGCGACGCCGGUCCACUUCUUCGCCGGCGCGUGGGGCCUGCUCGCGCCCGCGUUCUUCGCGCGGCCCGAGAACAUGCGCGCCGCCUACGGCAACCACUCGCGCGCGGGCCUCUUCUACACCGGCGACUUCUCCAUGCUCGGCUGCCAGCUCCUCGCCCUCGUGAGCGUCACGGCCUGGGUCGUCGCGCUCAUGGGGCCCUUCUUCCUCGCGAUGAACCGGUUCGGCCUCUUCCGCGUCCCCGAGGACAUGGAGAUCGACGGCCUCGACAGCUCGAAACACGGCGGGUCCGCGUACGGCUUCGACCUCGAGGCCAAGGUCGUUCCCGCCGCGACCACCGCUCCCGCUCCCGCGGAGGUCUGA